AUGGCUCCGAGUUUUAGUUGUCUUUUUUGGCUGUGGCUCUUUUGCUUACUUCCCCUGGAAGCAGCAGAUAAUCCACAUGUUUUCAAAUCGGGCAACAAGCAGAUCACAGUGGAGUCACUGCAAACGAGCUGCGACCACGACUAUGUGGAGUAUUUCAGAAAAGUCCCAAACACCGACUUCCUCUACACCUUUCGUGUGGUCAAAUUGGCGGCGGCUUUUACCAUCGACAUAAACAUGAAAGUGCAAAAAACCCACAAAGUUCUGUACAAGACGGAAAACAUAAAUGGCUGCGCAUUUCUGAACAAUCCCCUUAUAAGCAAGGUGUUUGAUGCCGCCUACAAAACGCUGGUGGUCAAUGGCAGCUUCUUCAAGUGCCCCAUUAAGCCAAAGGUUUACUAUCUGAAGAACAAGGACAUAUUUUUUGUGCCUGACUUUCAUCCAGCAGGUCGGUUUCAGCUUUCAAUGCGAGUAAAAAUGGCGGAAAGCCGACAUCCGUUUGUCAUGGAAAUGCUGUGGAAGUAUAAAGUUGUUCGCUUGUAA